CCUCACUUGAGUGAACCUAAGUUUGGGAAGACUAUGCUGAACGCUUGUCUAUUCCUACUUAUUCAGUUAUGCUAAACGCUUGCUGAGCCCUAGAAGAAUACGCUGAACCCUUUUCUUCGAUUAUUCGGAUUCCUUUUGGUGGAAAACCCAUAUAUUUUGAUCUCGAAGCCAGUUACAAAUCACUACCGUUAUCUACGCGACGUACUAACUAGCUUGAUCAUAACAAGGUCCAAACUGACACUGGCUACUCAAAGGCAGAAUUGUGGAUUAUCGAUCUCGCCAACUUCAAGAGUGUCAUUGCAUUCGCUGACAAGGCUGAGCAGGAGCUGGACCGACUGGAUAUCCUGGUGGAGAAUGCUGGCAUUGCAACAUGGAACUAUGAACAAGUAGAGGGUUGGGAGAAAACUAUACUUACGAAUAAUCUCGAUCCUGGCCUACUCGCUAUUCGUAUGACCCCAAAGAUGCUCGACACCGCGCGCAAGUAUUCGGUCAACCCGAGGCUCGUCAUCGUCGCAAGUGAUGCGCACUAUUGGACGACGAUAGAACAAAAUGUCGUCGCUUCCCCUGGAAUCCUCGCGAAGCUGUCAGACAAGGAGUAUUGCACAGAAGAGUACGUUCAAGUCCCGUAUGGUCCCGCAUCUUUGUUGCUGAAUUAUGAAUGAGGGUAAUGAAGCACCGGUACCAUGAUACCAAAUGUGCG